UUUGACAAAAAAUGACCUUUCAGAGGUCAAAUUGCUGUCAAGAAUAUGAAUUGGCUGCUUCGCAGCAAUUAAAACAGAUUAUUUAAUUUUUUACAAUUCUCAACGAAAGCUUAAAGCUGACAACUUUAACAUAUUUCUUGAUGGAAAUCAAAUUAGCACAAUGGCAUUACGGUUCCUGGUACAAGGUAGUCGACAGUUUCAGAAACAAUUAUCUUGGCCUAGUAGUAUUAUUAUUAUACAGGCUUUGAAAAGUUUGAAUGGUUCAUUGAUACACACUACAAGUCAACAACAAUCUUCAUUUAAUGUACAAGAUGAAGAAGAUUUCAAGAAGAGAGUUUUGGAGAGUGAGAAACCUGUCUUGGUAGACUUUCAUGCAAAUUGGUGUGGCCCCUGUAAAUUGCUUGGGCCCAGAUUGGAGGAAGUAGUCAAUGCUUCUAACGACAGAGUUGACUUGGCUAAAGUGGAUAUUGACCAGUUAACGGAUCUUGCUAUGGUGUACAGUGUAUCAUCAGUUCCAACAGUGAUAGCCAUUAAGAACGGUCUUAAAGUCGAUCAAUUUAUUGGCCUACAAGAAGCUGAAGUUAUCGAAGAUAUGAUUGCAAAGGUCGUAUAAUGGGGGCUUGUCCCCUGAACUGACUGGACAACUUGUUUGAUGGUGUCUCGGCCAUUCAGCCAGGACAUUGACUUGAUUCUUCAAUUAAUAAUAAUGGAGAAUGUUAAUCAUAAGAGAAAAAUAUAUGAUUUUGUUUUGUGAGUGAAGCAUAAUUUGUUUAAAAAUAUCAACAAUCAAGUAUCAAAGCUAGUUCUGUUGCAGUUUGCUUUUAAAUACAAAAAUGUAUCAACUUCAGUUAUUUAUGUUCAUACAAUAAUCAUAUGUACUAGCACUCAGUAAUCAUGUUUAAAAAUGUAAAUAUAGAAAAAUUAAAGGAUAUAGCCAAAAGGUCCACUGAUUAAUCUCAGAUAAGAAAGUAUAAUACAUACUCCAAGUAUUGAAAUACACGCCAUCGUGUUGGGAUUCAAUAUUUCGACAUAAUGAUGACAUAAUUAAUGUCGAAAUAUUGAAUCCCAACACGAUAGCGUGUAUUUCAAUACUUGGAGUAUGUAUUAUAUUUUCAUAAAGGAUAUAGAUUAUUACCACAAUUUAUUUUACAACUAAACUUAAUACAUUAACUUUAAUACAUUAUCACUGUAUCCAUAAGAUAUUUUGAGUGUCAAUCAAACUAAACUAAUGACUAAUCCUUUCCACAAACGCAUGUUUGCAUACGUCUGUUGUUUUGUUGUUUGUGUUGUUUUGUUGAACUUUGUGUAUAACAAUGUAAAGAGUGGGGCUUAGCAUAAUAAGCCAUUUGCAUACUGGCACAAAUUAUACCUUCUGGUCACUGGGAAUGCAGACCUAGUUGUAUUGCAAUAACAUUUAGCCUAAUGCCACAACAUCCCAUUUAUACUUCUGGGGGUAGAGAAUCCAACAUAGGUAAACUUCCCCUUUCAAAGACAACAGUAGCAUUAGAUUGUUCAAACUCCCUUCAUUUGUGUUUGAUAAAUUUAUUGUGCUGAUCUAUGUACAAAAACCAAAUAAAACUAAUGAAUUAUGUUUUAA